AUGCAAUGGCACAUGUGCAGAUGCGUCCUAGUCAUCUACAACGAGACCGAUACACCGACCGGGGAUUACGGCAAAGCCGAACACUCCUCCCACCGCAUCCCCAUAUUUCGUCGCCUCAUGAUCAGCACGUGCACAUUAGUCUCGCUGACCGGAGCCGCAUUCAAUCUGGCUUUGAUUUGUGCUCUGCUCAAAUUUCGAAACCAGACCCUAAACAACAAUAUCACCAAUCUGUUUGUGCUCUGUUUGGCCGUGUCCGACAUUUUUCUCUGCUCGGUCAGUAUGCCAUUGCAAGUGUUCUACGAGAUCAAUGAGCAUCAGAUGGCCAGUAGUGGACUAUGUCGUGUUCUGUUUGCCGGAUUCGGUCUACCGUUGAACAUAUCCUGUUUGUCUAUCCUGUUGAUCGCGUUCGAUCGAUACCGAAUGAUUGUGCAUCCGAUGAAAAUCCAGAUGUCCACUCGAGUGGCAAUCGGUUUGAUCGGAUUUGUAGUCCUUUUCGGGAUGAUCAAUUCAGUCCCGGUCGCACUGUACGUGACCAAUACGAAUCUGACUGACUAUAGCUACUGUGUGGAGAAUUGGCCCAGUUCUCAAAUGCGAUUAGCCUACUCGGUCUCAGUGUUUAUGCUCUAUUUUGUUUUACCAUUGACCGCUUCAGGAGGCUUUUAUUUGUGCAUCUACUGCAAACUGGCACGUCAUGCAACACAGCUACGGUAUCGCAAAGAAGCGGAACGUCGGAAACGUCGUACAACCAGUCUGCUGGUGGCUACAGUGGUCUGUUUUGUGCUCUGUUGGACACCAUGGUGCUUAUAUUCGUUGCUUUUGGAAAUUCAAUCCCAUUUAGCUCCGGGUGUAAGACUACGCAAGGUAUGGAAUCCACAAAAAACACAACUAUUUCAAUCAUUGCGUCGAAUGCAAAUAAAUGCAGACACAUGCGCAUCCUUGUUAGAUCACAUGACAAGUCUUUUGUGGGAACCAAAAAACGAGGUGGAAAUUAUCCCUGGUAGACACAUCAAAUUAAUUGAUCUAUUGUGCAAAAUGUUUGCCAUGGGAUCGACUUGUGUCAAUCCCGUUUUGUAUGGUUGGUUGAAUGAGCCGAUACAAAGUGCUAUGCGAAGACAAUUCGGUCGACUGAUUGACUGUUUGAAACGAAUCCUUGGCACACCCUGCAUAACAAACAAUGAUCAGCCGGUUAGGACAGUGACACUGUGUGAGUCCUGUUGCUGGCCGAACCCACUCGGAUCACUCGGAUCCAGAAACCAAUACACCGAAGUCCGUUCCAAACUAGUCAUUGAACCGCCCACAGUGAACAACCAACGUCGCGAAGUUUGUCCGUCGCACACAUUGACCGGGAUCAACACUAUCGAUACGGCCCAUUCAAAUCCGACCACUUUAACACACACACCGUCAAAAGACUCGGCAAAAUUGCCUCAAACUCCCGUGAUCAGUAUUCUUGCCCCGAUCGAAGAUGUAUCAGGUCCAAAUGGUGAAAAGUGUUCAUCCCAUGUGGAACGCAAUAACCACAUCCGUUGUGCAGAUAGCGCAAAUGCACAGGAUCGCAUCGAGGGAAAUAUUCCAUUUGUAUACGACAAAAACAGUGCCAAGAACGACGCUAUUCACAAUAGCACAGUGAUUAUUGUCAACAAUGUCAAUAAAAGUGAUGAGACUAUUUGUACUGAAAACAAAGAUAUUGGCAACAUUGGUAUGAUCCAAAUCCGGUCCAUGGAUUCAAUAUCCAACUGA